UCCAGGAUCAGAUCAGCUGUUUGCCAGAACAAGUUGUAGGCAAUAUAUUAGCUCGAUUGAUAUCUAGAGAAGCACAAGCGACUUGUGUUCUUUCCAGGAGAUGGAGGCACUUGUAUACUUCUUUGCUCACUGACCUUGAUUUCGACUAGCUAAAACUAUUGGAGAAGAUGGAAGAUAACCCCAACUUGGCGGAAAAGGAGAGAGCGAGAUAUGUGGAUUGGGUGGACAACGUCGUGAAUCGUCAAAGUGGAGGAGAACACACUUUACGAAGAUUCGCUUUACGCUUUGACUUGAAUAUUCCAUAUAAUUCUCACAUCAAUCGGUGGAUUAAGUUUGCUUUUGAAAAACAAGUUAAAGUGCUCAAACUAGAUUUUGUGCCUACCUGCGCCGAGGAUGUUGAGCCUGAUUGUGACCCUAGUCGGUUGCCAUAUCUUUUUGGGCAUGAGGUACUUAUAGAUGUUGAUGUAGGACGUUCAUGGUAGGCUUCAUGUCUCGGUAACUUUGGCUUGAGCCCUUCCGUUUCUUGGUAUGCUGGCUGUAGGUAUCUUGAACACCUCUACUUGAAUCGAGUGAGUGUGGAGGGGGAACUUAUUAAGCAAUUGCUCGCUACUUGUCCGGUAUUAGAGAAAUUGGUUUUGAGAUUUGCUCAUAGUUUGAAUAGGUUUAGAGUUUCUGGCCAAUCACUAAAGCUGAAAUACUUGCACAUAAGAAGUUUUGAUGAUCUUCAAUGGGGUCGAGAUUCAUGACACUAAUCUUGUGUCCUUCACUUACUGCGGAACAGGAGAACAUAUUCCAUUUUGUUUGGACAAGGUCCUCCAGCUGUCUGAGGUCUAUUGAACGAUGUAGCUUGAUACGAGUGGAUGCGAUCAUGUCUCAGCUUUCAAGUGUUUCUUGUCUGCAGAUUCUGAAACUUGAAUUAGUCCAUUCAUACUUUCAAAGACUGUGGACUAGUCAACUGCCUAAAUUAAGAAGCGUCAAGCAAUUGGAACUGAGAUAUGAAGGAUUUCAAGAUUCAAGUUUUCUUCCAUUGACUCCCGUGAUCGAGGCAUGUCCUUGCUUGCGGAGUUUUGUGUUGGAGCUGAUGGAACAGACGAACAUGCUAUGCUUGCGGAUAGGACUGAGAAGAGUUGUUAGACCUCCCCAUCAAUACCUAAAGGUGGUUGAAUUUUAUAAUUAUUAUGGUCGAUCUUGUGAUCUCGAACUAGUGAAUUACCUUAUCAAGAAUGCCAUUGCUCUUGAGAAGCUAGCGGUGAAACCCUGUGGUGAGAAAUAUUUCUCGGACAGGAUGAAAAAAGUAAAGGAACCUAGACAACGUGCUCUGCAACAGCAUAAGUGAAAGUUACCCUCUAGAAUCGAGCUGGUGAUUCAUUAACGGUACCAGAGCAUCAUUCACGCAGCAUCCAUAGAGUUGUUGUGGAUGGCUCUGAUUCUAUAACUUAAUCCUCUUCCCCCCUUUAGAGUUGUUUUGUUGACUACGAAUAAACGUUUGUUCAUUAAUUAUUUGUCGCUUGUGAUUUUUUUUUUUUUUUGGGGUU